UGAGCACUCGCCAUAUAGAAAGGCUUUGCUAAUGCCGAAACAGACUUUCUUGUUCCCAUUCUCGCUGGAUAGCUUUAAAUACCGUGAUGGCAUCUGCAAGCCCCACCCCAAUCACUAUAAUUACCGGCUUUCUUGGGUCUGGCAAGACUACCUUGAUACUGAAUCUUAUUCCGCAGCUGCCGAAGAACUAUCGCCUUGCAUUGAUCAAAAAUGAGUUUGGUGAUGUGGCGGUAGACUCACAGCUGGCCUCUGCACAAGCCAUAUCUGGCGUGAGGGAGCUGUUGAAUGGUUGCAUCUGCUGCAAUCUUGUGGGAUCUCUAGGAGAUGCUCUUGAGCAACUCCGAGCAGAGCAAAAGCCGGAUCGUAUCGUUAUUGAGACAAGUGGCAGCGCAUUUCCUGCAACCUUGGCUAUGGAAGUCAACAGGAUAGCAAAAGAGACGAAGCACUACGUCCUGGACGGUGUGAUUUCUGUCAUUGAUGUCGAAAACUGGAAAGGAUAUGACGACACGUCUAUGACAGCGAAACUGCAAGCUAGCUAUACGGAUCUGCUGGUGCUGAAUAAAUGGGAGCAUGUGAGUGAGAGACAACUUGAAGACUGCAUAGAUCGUAUCUUAGAUCUAGAGCUUGAUGUUCCUACACCACGUGUGCAGUCGGACAAGGGCUGGGUAGACAAAACGGUUUUGUUAGGGUUGGACGCGAAAUUGGCCCGGAGCGAGAAAAAGAUGGCCAAAAGUGGACAUAAACACAAUCAUGAUCACAACGAUCAGCAUUCAAGCGAGGUCGAAGUCCUCUCCGUUACGUUGUCUUCGAAUGACCCCGCAAACGGAAUCGAUAUUGAACGGCUCACGGAUUUGCUGAAAGCCGCCCCCAAAGAUGAGGUCUACCGAAUGAAGGGAAUUCUUUACAGCCUCAAAGCGCCCAGAUCAUCAACGGGCGAGUCUGCACCAUCCCCACCGAAUGAAGGAUUUCCGGGAAGAUAUAUCCUAAAUUGGGCCUUUGGCCGAUGGACAUUUGGCGCUGUCCCCAUGAUGGAUUCAGCGCAGGCAACUCCAUUAGCAUCUGAACAGGACACACCGAUAGCCUCUGAAAGUGCGACACCGACAUUGGGUGGAGGAGAACCUAUAGCACGAAUGACGAUCGUUACAGCUAGAGGAGAGUCUAUGAAAUGGCAAAAGAAGAUUGAGACUGAAGGUCUGAUUGCGGCUGCCGUAAACCCCCAGACCUCCUUGCUCCAGGCGAAGAGAGUAUCGUGAAUGUGAGAUUCGCGUGAAGGUGGGAAUCAUCUCAAAUUUAUUUGAUAACGAAAGCGGUAUGGCUAUCUCAAAAAAGACAAGUAAAUCAGUCGCAGAGGUCAUGAUUACUAUCGACACUUGCGCAGCUAAUCUGGAGGAGUCGAAGGAAUUCCUAUGGGGCGUUGUGAGAUAACUGCCUCAACUGUUUAGCGAUAAUCGGGAUAGCACGCCAUCUUGCUCGCAUAGUGAUCACGCCCAUUUUGGCUUCGAGCCUAAAAUCUUCUCAGCAAUUGAUGCUGGAUGCACUUGCUUGCCCUCCUCUUCCGCUAGACGCAACGAAAUCUGAGCAAAAGCGUUGACCAGCUCUUCGUUCGAAAUAUGUAGCAGGGCCGCAAGCUAAGUCAUGUCAGUCGCAAGCUCAAAACAAAUUUAAGAGGAAAGAGAAAAAAAUGAAGAGAGAGAGGAAAAAGAGAGAGAGAAAUCUACCUCUUCUUUCGACCAGUUCUUAUCCGGCUGUUCCCACCAAUUU